AUGUACUUGUACUCCUGGCUUCUUCAAACCAACCUCGAUCCCGACCUCGUCUGCGAGUACUCGCUGCUCCUAGCGAGCAACGAGCUCGAGGAGGACGAUGUUGCGCACUUCGACCACGAGUUCCUUCAGAGCAUGGGCAUCUCCAUUGCCAAGCACAGGCUCGAGAUGCUUAAGCUAGCCAAAAGGGGUAAGACAAAGUCGUCGUCGCGCCCCGUCUCUUUGCUUCUCGUCGCUGUCACCAAGACCAAGAAUUGCAUCGCGAGGUACUUCCGGUCGUUCAUCAAUCAUGACGCUUCGCCCAUCGUCGUCGUCCCGAGGUCGUCCUUCUUCGAUGGAGGAGGGCCGAAGAGUGAUAUGUUGAAGAGGAACAAAAGGAUGUCGCGUAUCAAGCAAGGGAGGGUGACGCUUUAUAUGGCACCACAAGCCAUGGCCUAUAAGGAGAGUAAGGACAGAAAAGAGGACAGCUACCGAGGGAGAAGCGGAGAGGAGACCAGGUGGGAGUCCAUGUUUCAGGACCUGAAACCUACUUAA